ACCUGCUGGCUGAUUUAUGUGUUGUGCUCUCACUUAAGAUAAAUAAAUCAGCCAGUAUUAUAAAACUGCGGUACCAAACCUGUAUAAAUUGCAAGUUUAUUUAAUCCGUGAUUCCUUCCAUUGGAAUCAGAUGAAAUCUGAAAAAAACAAAAACAAAACAAAAAAACCCUGCAACAUUGGAGACUGUAAAAGUGGACAUUUACGGAUAGACUUAGUUAGCAAGAGGUCAACAGCACACAGCAGGUUAGGUUUGUUAAUUGGCAAGAAUUGUGCACAUCCAGAGUGACAGUGACUAAUUAUUGCUAUAUUAAUUGAUAUGACAGUCUGUUCUCAAGUAGCUAAUUUUCAUAUUUUUCAUGGGAGUCCUUUAUUCAGAGUUGUUCAGAUAAUUAUUAUUCAUUACACAGACAAAUUACUGAUAUAAUGUGCUGUCUCUGUCACUAUAUUCAUAUCCAAAGUAGGACUGCUUUGGCCUUAGCUGCCACAAUAUCAGAGGCUCUUAAAGUUGGAGAUUUUAGUUUCUCGCAUAGUUUUAUAGUGGUUUAACACACAAAUAUGUCAAAUACUCACAGCUCUUACUGUUAUAUUUUCCUCUGUGCCUUGCAUCCAAUAUUGUGUUUUGGUCACUAAAGUUCUUUUCACGUGUGGCCUUCGGGACAGAAUUCAGAACAGGUCCUAUCUUCUUCUCUGGUUCUUAUCUCAGUGCAGCGUCCUUCACAGGCCAUAUAAAGACUGGAGAUUCUCUCUGUUAUUUUGCUGUCACUGUCGAAGACAGACAAUAUGCUGCCUGCUGUUGUAAAGCUCUGCUGUGGAAUCUCCUACCCGCAUCUGAGGAGUAUGGCAGGACUUCAACGCACAGCUGUGGCAGUGAUAGGCCAGGAAAUCACACGCCUGCAGUGGUGGGGACAGAACCAACAUCGCAUGAGAGCACAUGCUGGAUUAAAAAAUAAUGAGCCCAAACCUGAAGAUAUGAACCCUGUGCCGCUGAAAGAAGACCAGGUGUUUUAUGUACAAGGCCAAGAAGCAAUGAGGAAGGCUCUCGUUAUGUUGGAGGACAAGGAAGGAUGGAAGGUUGAGAUCACAGAGAGCGGAGGGGAUGUGAUCUGUAGCAAAGUCAUGCCGGGGGCCAGGAAGGUCUUCAGGCUGGAGGCGGUCCUGGAGGCCAGCGUGGAUGAGCUCUAUGACCUCCUUUUUGUCAGAGUGGAAGAGAUGCACCAGUGGAACCCGAGCAUAAAGCAUAUCAAAGUUCUGAAGCAUGUUGGACCUGAAACAAUUGUCACUCAUGAGAUUUCAGCCGAGACAGCAGGAAAUCUGAUUGGCCAAAGGGAUUUCCUGAGUGUCAGACACAGUUGCAAACAAGAAUCCAGCAUUUAUCUUGGAGGAGCAGCAAUUCAAUUGGAGUCCUUUCCACCUCAGGCAGGCUUUGUCAGAGCUGAGGAUGGACCAACCUGCAUCAUCAUUCAGGCUCUGGAUACAAGAAAAAGCCGCUUCACAUGGCUUCUCAAUAUGGACGUAAAGGUAAAGUCGGGUGGCUGCCAAAGUCCAUUGUCAAUCAGGCUUUGCCCCGAGCACAGCUGGAUUUCACCAGACACCUCCGCAGACGUCUCACAGCGAGCGCCACCCUGGGCUGACUGAGUCUGUGUGACACUCAUAUUGCAGCGACACCCUGUCAUCACUCACAGGGGAAGCCCGGGAGACGGAGAUGGGGUGACAGCUUGGCCGCCUGACACAACGCUGCCAUUUCAGUGAGAGCAGAAAUGCUGCCCAGAGGAGGCACUCAGCUCCAGCUGCUGGCAGAGACCAGUGUCAACAGCCCUGUGCCAGCCUGGCAGGAGGAAGCUGGUUUAUAAUAGGAAUUAUUGUCACCAUGUGCCACUAGAACCUCAUUAAGAUUUCCUGAUUAGGAGUCAUCGCUUGUCUUGUUGACACUUGACUGCAUAUGAAAUUAAUAAAGAGCUUGAAUGUG